AUGCACGUCAGCACGAGGGUAUCUUCGCUCGCGGCGCCGACGACGGUGUGCCGGCGCGAUGGGAGGGCUAAAGGCACGAUCCGGGCGGCGAGACGUCCCGCCCCAUCUCGGCCCCGCGCAUCCAUCGGGGCGACGUUGCCUGAAGGCCCGGUGCCGACGAGCGUGAUGAAGCCCGGAGUUCGGGGUCGAAGGGGCGAGCUCGCGAGGUCGCACGCCGCGCCGGGCGCGACGGUGUCCCCGAGCGAGGGCGACGGGCCCGCUUCCUCGCCAUCCCCGGCGCCCUCCUCCGAUGAACCCUCCCUUUGGACGCGGACGGUCCGCUUCCUCGUCGCCAACUAUUUCCUCGUCGGCAUGCUCUCCGGCGUGGCGCUGGCCUACCUAGCCCCGGGCGUCGGGGCCACGGGCGGGCCCGUGCGGCCGGAGUUCACCGUGAAUCAGGUCAUGAUCCGCGUCAUGUUCCUCAUAUCCGGCCUCAACCUCCCGCUGACCGAGCUGAAGAAGGCGGUCACCAACGUCCGCGCCAACGCGCUCAUACAGGCGUUUAUAUUCGGCUUUCCCGCGGCGGCUACCGCGUACGUCCUCGGUCCCGCGCUCAAAGCCGCCGGGGUCCUCACGCCGAGGCUGGUGGACGGGCUCGUGGUGCUCGCGUGUUUGCCCACGACCAUAGGCAGCGGCGUGGCGCUGACGAACGCCGCGGAAGGGAACGUGGCGGUGUCGCUCUUCCACGCCGUCUUCAGCAACUUGGCGGGGAUUUUCGUCACGCCCGCGCUGAUAUUCAUGUACCUCGGGGCGGACUGCGCGUCCGUCGGGUCGCCGUACGCGGCGGUGACGAAGCUCACAUCGCAGGUGUUGGUGCCGGUGGUCGUCGGCAUGGGCCUGAGGGCAAUACCCGCGAUCGGGGAGGUUUUGUCCUCAAAGCCGUUCAAGUCACGACUGAAGCUGACCAGCGACUGCAUCAUCCUCGCGAUCAUCUGGAACACCUUCUGUAACACGUUCAAGAGCGGGUUCGGCGUGCCGGCGAGCGAGCUGACCUCUUUGUUCAUGGUGUUGAGCGUCAUAUUGAUCGGGUACAAGGCUUCCAUACUGGCCGCGGCGAGGGCGUUUGGACUGGCGAAUCGGGACGCGGUGAGCGCCGUGUACAUGGGUUCGCAGAAGACUCUGGCGUUCGGUCUGCCCCUGAUAAAGGCUCUGUUCGAUGGCUCACCGGAGCUGGUGUGGUUCUGUCUACCGGCGCUGAUGUAUCACCCCAUGCAGAUCGCGCUGGGGAGCGCGCUGGUGCCCAGGCUUCGCGAGUUUGCCAACGCGAAGGAGGAUUCGGGGCGGCGCGCGACGAGAUAGUUUGAAGCCGGCACAUUCGCCGAAGCGUUGAAAUCAAAAUUAUCAUCGAUG